CCCUUAACCCGAGUGUUUCCAGCGCCGCGCCACGGCGGGGCCCGGGACCGGCCCGGGACAGGAGCGGUGGGGCCGGGCGCGGGGGGACCGCGGCCACCACGAGCCCCGUCGCCUUACCGCGGCCACCGAGGGCCGCCCGCGGUCGCCACCAACUUCUCAGCGGCGGCGGCAGCAGCAGCGCAAGUUGGCAGCCGCCGGCUGCUCGCCUCGGGCAAGAGCGGGAGGGCGGCCCAAGCUCCUCUGCUGGCGAAGCCAAAAAAAAAAAAAAAAAAAAAGGAAAGAAAGAAAAGGGAAAAGGGAGGAGGAAGGCAGAGGAACGACAGAACGGCAGACAGACGGCGGCCGGCUCCAGGUUUUCUGUAGGUCAAGAGCUGUGCAUUGUGUUCCUCGGGUGUGCAAAUGGCAACAUAAGGAAAUGCACAGGCACAUACAGCUUCAGCACCCAACAUUGAGAUGUUGCUAUGAGGAAAGGAGUCAGCAAUGACUGAUGUGGAGCCCCUGGUCACAGAUUUUGCAGCAUCAGGAAGGUCGGGCCGCCGGAACGCCUUGCCAGAUAUCUUGGGCUCUCCUGCUGGUGCUGGGACUUCAGACCUGCCACACAAACUGGCCGAGCUCUCCGUUUCAGAAGAUGAAGGAGCAGAAGGUGGAGAAGUACCAUCAUCCAAAGCCAUGCUGGAAAGUCAAGAGACAGAGGGAAAGAGCAGUGAUUCCUAACACUUAAGGACUGCUGGAGUAGUGAAACUCAUCAACAGACUUUCCAGAGUUUCCCUGUGUUGUUCCCUGUUCUCAAGUGUGGUAGCUACUGCAGCAGCACAGACAAGACUUUUGCACACCCUUGUAUCUAGGUGGCAUUAAGAUGGAACUACUUUUUUUUUCUUUUUUUUCUACUGUAGUCCAUCAGAAUGUUCUGAACAAUGUUCUACACAUCCAAAUGGGAAGAGAACUAAAGAAUGUAUCUGUUGUUCUGAGUUUUUUAAUGGUUAUUGUAUUCAUUCUAACUAAUCUUCUUUGACAGUUUCAAUGAAUAUAAAUAGCAGAUGUACCAAGUAAUGAUCGCUUUAAAAUUAAAGACCUAUUUCUUAAUUUUCCAAAAUAGCUUCUUUCUCUCUGACACAAAGGUGUAUUUAUUCUCCCCACCUUAAGACUAUAAUAAGUAUGUAUUAGAUUACAGACCUAAUCUGCAGUUUGUCUCCAGAGAUUUUUGUUCUCAUUAGGGAUAUAUAGAUGAAUAUGGAAAAUAGAAAAAAACCAUAUAUUUUUCUCUCUUCCUCCUGACUUCAAAGCAUUUUGUAUACCACUUAAACCACCAGUGUCUGUUUUUAAAUGUUCUUUAAACUCUAGUUGAUUAUGGCAGAUCAUUUCACAUAUCCCGCUCCCAGCAGUCUUGCUACUUCUGUCAUUUCUGUUUUCAGGCUUAAUAUUGUAGCUAUUCAUGUGUAUCUGAAAUAAAAUAGCCAUGUUUGUAAGUGAUUAAAACUGUUUGAUCUUACAAUGAAAAUUAAAUAGCUAUUAUGUUUUCCGUCUUCUGUUGAA